GAGCGCAACCAUCGGAGACUGCUUGAUAUAAUCAAAGUACCUGGAAAUCAGAACUGUGCGGACUGCAAAGCUAGUAAUCCGCGAUGGGCAAGUUACUCCCUCGGUAUUUUCCUAUGCAUGCCUUGUGCAAGCGUACAUAGGAAGCUCGGUACGCAUAUCUCUAAAGUUAAGUCAGUAACUUUAGAUAAUUGGAAUAGAGAGCAGGUAGCCAGCAUGGAACAUAUCGGCAACAGCCGUUCAAAC